ACGAAAUAUAUAAGAGGACCCUGGUGAACAAUUUCAUAGAAUGUUUACACAUAAGCAAAAGUUGUUCAAAAAUGGUGGUGUGGAGAAUACACACAUUGAGUUGAGAUCAACCUCACAUAGGCCUUUAUUUAAUUUACACACGUGUAUUCAGUGUUAAAAGGCAGCAUUGUUCCCCACACUGACAACACACUCAAACCAACAGUAAACACUGACUGGGAGUAACACUUAAGGAUAUGUCAUCAGAUCUUUACUUUUCAGAAACGUCUGAUGACACACCUUUGUUUACAGUCUAUGUGACACACGUUUAGUAGUAUGGGAUUAUAGAAACUUAAUUUAAUAUAUUACAUCCAAGAUAGCUUUUUGUAAAUGCAAGAAGGCCUAUACAUCUGGAAAUCAAAAAAAUAUGCAAUCCACAUGGCACAGUCACAGUCAGAGUGUCUUUUAUGACCUGAGAUAACUUGGCCCACGGUACAAAAAGAUAAGACUUUUUUAUUUCCUGGAGCUUAAUAAAUUAUCAGUAUACAUUUCUGUUUGUGUUUUCUUUGUGUUGGGUCGAGGCAGGCUAUGUCAGUUUAUUGUAGUGGGUAAGGGUUCUUUCUCUAACCUUGUGUUGUUGUUUGCUCUUUUAUUCUACUUUAUUCUUCCGUCCAUUAUUUGUUGCUGCAUGCAUUUAAAUCUUUACCUUACUAAAAUGUGGUAUUGAUGACAUUUUUUCACAGCGGAUAUUUUUUAUUUAUCAUCAGAGACAUAAGCUUAAGUCAUUACAUUAAAGACGCCCCUGUUCUAUUUAUUGCUCAAUGGUAUGCAGUCAUCGUUAAUAUCCUAUCCUGUGGUGACAUUACACACGUUCUGCUGUGUAAAAUGUCUACAAGCUGUUUGUGGAAGCAGAUAGUUGGUAAUCACAACACAGUUUGUCUUCUGCUGUUGCUUGUUGAUAUGAAAUGCCUGGACAAAGUAAUACAAUAAAUAAGGGACUGCAUUUUUUGUUAUAGGGUGAGAACUUGUCAGUUCACAUGUAUCAAUAGGCCUACGUAUCCUCAAUUCAGACAAUCAAGUCUUGUUGGUUUAUAUAACGCUCUUGUGAGUUUAGGAUGUCAACAAGCCGGUGAGCUCACGUGUGUGGAACGCCUCUGUGUAUUUAGCUCGCUUGAGAGAUCCAGGUGAGGCGUUCUUCUUUGAACAUUUAUUUUAUCUCGGAAAAUGUUACAAUACAUAUUUAUUCAACGUUCGCUAUCUGACGAUUACUCAACAGCUAACACCGGUUACAUUGUUAUUAUGAUCAGUUUAAUCGACAUUCGUUCCACUGAGCCAACCAGGCAAAGCAAACGAUCCCAGAGCAACUUGAUGCAGCGUGGCGACACUGACCAAAAGCCCAAAUAUUGUUUUAUUACGGUACAGUAUUACUUUAGUUAAACAAUUAGACUAUGGCUCAGACAAUUCUAAUUAUAUUCGAAGAAUCACAAGAAUCCAUAAAUAUGUUAACAAACUCUGUAACAUUUGGCUAAAUCAUUCAUUCAUUUAUCUCUAUUUUAAACAAGUGACAUUUAAAUUGUGGAGAGUUUAAAUCGUGUCGAACAACGCCUUUUAAAUCAAUAAUAAAGCAUUUCCUACAAAUAUGGAAUACCCGAACCAAUGAAACUAGGAUAGGAGGGGGACACUACCCGUGGUGUUUUCUUUAAUUUCUUUAAUUGUUUUAAUAAAUAUGAUUUUUAUAAAAUGUGGUCUUCAACUGCAACCCAUCCGUAUAUUGAUUAUGUCACAUUAACGAUGCGGCACAGGAUUGACUCAACGCUCCACAAUACAAAGCUCCGGUCGGUCUCCCUUGUGGCCUCUAGGUGGCGACAGAGAGCGCCAUUUCUGUAAAAACAACAUCUCACCUUCUUUCUUUAGUCCAAGUGCUGGAGCACGUUUGAGUGACCAUGGAGUGCGUUUGCUGUCAUGUAGUUCAGCGUUAACACGGCGUGAAUAUUGGAAGAGGGGGGACUUUUGCGUGGAUACGAGGAGCCACAGUCGAGCCAUGGCUGCACGGGAGGAAGGAGAGCUUUUGCACAGUAAAAUAAGGCACCACGACGGAGCUGGAAGUGUACACAGCUCAGAGGGCUUCAGGAACGGCUAUGUGAAGAGCUGCGUCACCCCUCUGAAACAGGACCAUCAGAGGGGUUUUUUGUUUAACGUGUGCAGGUUUUGCAAGGAAGACAUUCUUAAUUCAAAAUUGUUAAAGGUCUCUGCCCUCUACGUCGGCGCGUUUGUAGUCUUCGCGGUUUCUUUCCUCAUUUCUAGGAGCUUGCAAAGUGACUUGCUUUGGGAUUUGCGGACUUUUUUGUCGGGCUUCUCCCAGUCCAUCAGUCCCUUAUUCAGCAUAGGAUGUGCUUUCUUCUUUCUGACGUUUUACCUGAGGAGGAAGAAGAAGGAGAGCAGUAAAUGUUGGCUCAUGUCACUGCCAGCAUCGUGUUACCUCGGGGAUUUUUUGGUUUUGCGGUUUUUGCAAUGGGGAGAGGACCAACACCAGAUGCAAAUGGUGGGCAGGUUGUUAUUCGUGCUGGGAUGUGUGGGUCUGCUCACCCUGAUCCCCACUCUGAAACUCAAACACAGUGUGCUCAUACUGGUCUUCUCCAGCGUGGUGUGGCUGGUUUCCUUCACAAGUUUGAGCGGUCUGCCGGCGCUGCUCAGACCGCUUUUCGCCUGCUUCGCGGGGGUUUCGGGCUCCCUGUUGGGGCUCUGCUUUGACCGCUACUACCCGUCGAGGGAAACGCCGACUGGGAUUUCCUCCGCGGAGGAAAAGGUCCCAGUGAUCAGACCUAGGAGGAGGUCCAGCUGUGUUUCACUGGGGGAGACGUCGACCAGCUAUUAUGGCAGUUGUAAAAUGCCCCGCAGACCUUCGUUACCCUGUAUAUCCAGAGAACAGAUGAUCUUGUGGGACUGGGAUCUGAAGCACUGGUACAAACCACAGUAUCAGGGUGCAGUGAGCGGCAACGGCGUGGAUCUUUCAGUCAUCAACGAGGCCAGGAACCUGGUUUCGGACCUGCUGAUGGAGUCCUCUCUGUCGCCACACACCAGCUCAACGCUGCGCAGCAUCUCAAGCCUCAUGGGGACAUUUUCGGGCUCAUGCCGCCCCAGGGUCAACCCCUUCACCCCCUUCCCAGGUUUCUACCCCUGCGAUGAGGUGGAGGACUCUGUAGAGAGGAGUGAUAGGAAAACCUUUAAGGGUAUGAGCAGCAGGAACAGCCUCCCCACCCCUCAGCCCAGACGGAGCUCCUCGUCCUCAGCCCUCUCUUCUCUCGACUCCGCCUCUUUACGCUGGGAACGCAACAAUGGCAAGAGAGCCCACCCUGAACUCAACUUGUCCAGCUCAGGCUUGUCUAAUGGGCCCAAUCCAAACCUGCUCACCAUUCCCAAGCAGAGGUCUUCCUCUGUUACCCUCACCUACCAUGCCGGGUCCAGGAGAGCAGGCGCAUCUCCCAGCCUGAGCCCACUCAACUCGCCGAGCCACAGCCUUCUCGCAGCCGGCUCAGGUUCUUCGUCGUCCCUCGUCACUCGAUCGCCUGUGGAGUUCCCAGACACGGCGGACUUCCUCACAAAGCCAAGUGUCAGUCUGAACCUGCACAAGCCCUUUGGAUUCAACUUCAGCUCACCUGAUUUCCAGCAGGCCCUCCGUAGCUCCCCCUUCUCUCUGUGCACCAGUUGUGGUCGUCAGAUGCUCAAGGGAGGUUCCAGCAUUGAAACGGGGGAAUCCAGUGAGGCUCAACGCAGCCGCUCAGCAGGUGAAGGGCUGGACUUCACAGGAGAGCCUCUUAUCAGGGAGGAAAGCGUGGAGGUGGAUGUGUCUGGGGACGGAGGGCCAGACGUUGCAGGGAACCAGGGGCAGGAUGAGAAGAAGAAGAAGAGCUCCAGCACAGACCAGACUCGGCAAUCAGAGGGUUGGCAGGAGUUCAGACUCGAUCCUAUGCUGGAGGACCAAGCGGCUCUCAUGGAGAGGAUGAACACCUGGAACUUCCAGAUCUUUGACCUGGUGGACAGAACCGGAGGGAAGAGCGGAAGGAUACUCAGCUAUGUGACGUACACCCUUUUCCAGGAUACGUGUCUGUUUGAAAUUUUCAAGAUCCCUGUGAGGGAGUUCAUGACAUACUUCUGUGCUCUGGAAAGUGGCUACAGGGACAUUCCCUAUCACAACAGGGUCCAUGCUACUGAUGUGCUCCAUGCUGUCUGGUACCUGACCACUCGACCAAUCCCUGGGUUCCAGCAGAUUCACAGCGAGCAUGUGACAGGAAGUGACACAGAUUCAGAUAGUGGGAUCUCUCAAGGAAGGAUUUCCUACGCCAACUCCAAAAGCUCCUCGAUUUCAGAUGACAGCUACGGCUGCCUGGCCUGGAACAUACCUGCCCUGGAGCUCAUGGCCCUUUAUGUAGCAGCUGCAAUGCACGAUUAUGACCAUCCCGGUCGCACAAAUGCCUUUCUAGUAGCCACUAAUGCAUCUCAGGCGGUGCUCUACAAUGACAGGUCGGUGCUGGAGAACCACCACGCUGCGUCCGCCUGGAGCCUCUACUUGUCCCGGCCAGAGUUCAACUUCCUGGUCAACCUGGAUCAUGUGGAGUUCAAGCGAUUUCGCUUCCUCGUCAUCGAGGCGAUACUGGCCACAGACCUCAAGAAGCACUUUGACUUCCUGGCUGAGUUCAAUGCCAAGGUGAAUGAUGUCAACAGCCCAGGAAUUGAUUGGACCAAUGAGAACGACAGGCUGCUGGUGUGCCAAGUGUGUAUCAAGCUGGCAGAUAUCAAUGGGCCGGCCAAAGUCCGUGACCUGCACCUCAAGUGGACGGAGGGCAUCGUCAAUGAAUUUUAUGAGCAGGGUGACGAGGAAGCUAUGCUGGGAUUACCCAUCAGCCCCUUCAUGGACCGCUCCUCCCCGCAGCUGGCAAAGUUACAGGAGUCCUUCAUCACUCACAUCGUAGGACCACUUUGUAACUCCUACGACGCCGCCGGCCUGCUCCCGGGCCACUGGAUUAACGAAGAGGGAUCAGAUGAAGACAGUGAGGCGGGGCAGGUGGAGACGGACACAGAUGAAGAUGAGGAUGAAGAUGAUGAGCUAGAGGACGAGCUGGCACCAAAAAGGAGAAAGAGCCACCGCAGGUUGUUCUGCAGUAUUAUGCAGCACCUGACGGAGAACCACAAGGUGUGGAAGAAGACCAUCGAGGAGGAGGAGAAGAGCAAAGAGCUCGGCAAGCAGCAGCAGCCAGACGGCCUCCUCCCCAGCCUGCCGGCCAGCCUGCCGGCCUCCCCGUCGGAUGACAUCCAGGUCAUCCAGGAGGAGGAGGAGGGAGAGGAGCGUCAGUAGCAGGAGGAUGACGGAGAGAACAGUGGCGAGGCAGGACAAGGACAUGAGUCACUCAACCAGCUGCCUUGACCAACGGACCUGAGGAACACACACAGACGCAAAUGCACAUAAAACACACUUUGUUUCCCCUCUCUCUCUCUCUCUCUCUCUGUGUCUCUCUCUUCCCCUCUCUAUGUGUCUCUCUGUCUCUCCAUUUCUGUGUCUCUGUCUCUCUCUUCCUCUCUCUAUCUCUCAUCCUGUGUCUCUGUCACAAUGUGUCUCUCUCUGUCUCUCUCUCUCUGUCUCUCUGUGUCUCUCUCUCUUUUUCUGUGUUUCUGUCUCUAUGUGUGUGUCUCUCUCUCUUCCCCUCUCUGUGUCUCUCUCUCUGUCUCUCUCUCUCUCUCUCACACACACACACACACCGAAAGAGUCACUGUGCAGACAUUCGGAUGCUUAAGCAGUCACAUUGAUCUUGGAGAAACAAAAAGGCCUUACUACUGUGAGCGGAUCCUUGCUGCAACGGUGGGAGCCCAACUCCUAUGCACUUUCACCCCGUGGAGAGUCGAGUGCACCCAGAAUACAACCGCCCCAGAGCGGAGGAGUGCAGGAGACAACGAAGUAGAGCGUGGACGGGGUCCAGCAUUAACUUUCCCUCCUUGGUGACCUGGCUGUGAUGCUGCCUUGAAUACAAAGCGCUUACACCUCCCUUAGGUACAAAACAAUUCCCGUCUAUUUGAAAUUGAAAGAUGGAGGAAAAAUAAUGAAUCAAGUGACAUUAUGAAGCGAUUGAUACCCUUUACCAAAGCAAACAGUUCAAACAUGGAAAGACAAGAGACUGAGACUGUUUCAACCCCCAUGUCAGGUAUAUUUUUGAAUUAUAUAUAUAUGUAUAUAUAUUUAUAUAUGUACAGUAUAUAUAUAUAUAUAUAUCAAAUGUGCCUGCCUAAACCUUUACUAAGUCCUUAUUGGCCCAGAGCCUCGGCUUGUGUAGUUCUCUCUCCUUGCUGGCGACACAAAACACUGUAUCAGACUCAGUCACAGAGACAAUUUUGAAAUGUUGACUGACUAAUAGCAUUAUAUCUGCAUCAUUUUUGAUGCUUUUACUCAUGUAUACCACCCGUCUAUUUUUGGGGGGAGGGGGAGGGGGGAUUCUUUAACUCUCCUUGCUUCAUUUUGUUUCGAGUGUGUGAAUAUUUUUGGCGGGAAUGUGAUAGAGAGAAUGCGUCGGGAGAAAGAGAGCACAUUUUUAAUUAUUAGUAUGUAAUUUGUGUGUAUGUUUGUGCGUCCUUUCAGUAAGGGUUUGUUUCUAAUCAGUGAAAUGUCCUCUGGUGUUUUAUUUAACAUUGAGAUCAGGAGCGCUGUUUCAAUGAAUGGAUUCCUCAUUUUCCUAUUUUGAUUCUAAAUAUUAUUUUUAAAGGAUACUCAGGAUUCACACAAAGUUGAAUAAUUAUUUUGCAAGAAUUUAUGUCAUUAUUACAAAAAAAUCACUUUAAAAAGUAAGAACAUUGUAAUCUGGGUGAUUGAAGUAUUACGUAAUCCCUCAAUGAACAACUUGACGACAAACCAAUUGAAGCAAUGCAAAUCCUCUGCCAGAGGAGCGUCCAGUAUGUGCUGUCUGUCGGCCAUCCAUACACUGUUUGCAUAACCUUUUUACAACCUCACUGAGAAACGCUCAUCUCCGUUAUUAGCAGACUGCGAGCGCCUCUCUUUCAGCAACACCGUGUUGCAGUUCUAUCAACGUUUAUUAGGUCAUUUCUUUUUCAAUGUUCAAUCUUCUCUGUUUUUAAGCAAGCAGUUGAAAGCUCACCCAACUCUCUUUCCUCAUUAUUUCUUUGAUUUUGCCAAACCCAGGGAUCCAGGGUUCAUUUCACUAUAUAUAUAUAUAUAUGUAUGUAUGUGUAUAUAUAUAUACAUACAUAUAUGUAUGUAUAUAUAUAUGUAUGCAUAUAUAUAUAUAUACAUAUAUAUGUAUGUAUCUAUAUAUACAUACAUGUAUGUAUAUAUAUAUAUAUUAGUUCUCUAUUUUUGUCUCAACAACUCUUGGCAUUCCACUAGAUUAAAACGUUAAAUGAAAGGGAAGGCCGAAUCUAUGCCUAGUUCCUUUAUCACCUAGUAAAAUCAUAAUCUCUGGAGACGAUGUUAAGAAGUGUAAAUCAACAUGGUAAUAUUUAAAAGACAAAACAAUAGAUACAGGUGUGCACAUUUUAAUACCAAACAAGUGUUUAGCCGCUGUACAAAAGAGUAUGUGCAUAUAUAUAUUUUUUAAAUAAUAAAAGGAAUGCAUCCGUUUUCUACACGCAGGUGUCAUGUUGUACAUUGAGAUCCUGUAAUUACCAUUGUGUUUCCAGAGUUUGUAUCUACUUCUAUAUACAGGUGUGGAACUGUGGGGUUUGGUGUUUUGAUUUAGGUUUUUCACUUGGUUUCAGCCUCCCGCUGUUCUGUUUCAUAACCACUCUUGUAUUCUCCAUUAUCUCUCUAUCACUGUUGUCUCAGUCGACCCAACUCGUGCCAAACUUUACCUACAUACAGUAGUUUGUGGGCUUUGAUAAACUGAUUGGCAAAAAUCUCUCUGGGCUCCAGUACUGUUCAUCUUGAGAUCCAAUAUGUCACCGGGCUCUAAGGGGCAGUGACGGUGGCAAGAGUCCGAGUGAGACUCGGGUCAGAGCCAUGUGCAUUCUGACGACUGUCGUCAGUCGUGUUCACAUGGAGCCAUGCUGGAUCAUAAAUCCUCGGUAGCUCCCAACCCGGCAUACUCCGGCUCAUUACGUUGUAAAGGUUUGUUGGCUUCUCACUGUGCAGUCUUUCAGUGUCCUCUGAUGAUUGUGCCAUAAAUACAUCUAUGAAUGGUUGUUACCCUUAUGUAGCAUCAAUAUACGUACGUUUGUCUAAUGUAACCAUUCACCCUUAUCUACAUUGUGGGGCCAACUGAUUGUUGUUGUUAUUUAUAGCUGUCAUAAAACACCAUCCCUAAAGUAUCA